UAUUACUGAAUACAAAAGAACGUAUUUAAUUACAUUUUUGUAGAAUCCGAAUUCCGAAGCAAAUUAAACAUUAAUUGUUAAUUAAUUUCUCUUUAUAAAACCCACCUCAUCCUCCAACUUCUUCAUCAAUCUCAAUUCUCAAACAUCAAGAAGUCUCUACAAAAAAAAAAUCUCACAUCUAAAGAAAACUCUCAAUAGAAAACAAUUAAACAACAAUCAAGAAUCUAUAAUGGGAAGAGAUCAAGAAGGAAGCCCUCCAGUUCCCUUACAUCUCUGCGUCUUCGUCUUGAUCCUCUUAAUGUUCGUAACAAUCUCAUGGUACGCCAGCUACGAACCAGUUAUAGAAGGUUUUACGUAUCAGUUCAAGCUUGCUCUCAUGGCUUCUCCUCUGCUUUUGCUCUUAGCCGUUCAUUUUCUAUCCGAUGAUCAAGGAGUCGGAGGGAUGAUGACGUCUUUGAUCCAUCUGAACGAAAGAGAGUCUUUGUAUAGAGCUGGAGGAACACCGUGGGGAGUGGCCUUCAUGCUUGUCUUUCUCUUCUUCAUGGUUUCUUAUCAAUCUCAGUUUCAAGAACGUUGGUUUCCUCUUAGAUAAUGAGAUGACGUCGUUUAUUGGUUCUUUUACUACUCUUGACUUUCUCUUUGGGUUUAGUAUAAUGGAUUCUUGAUGUAAUUUUUUUGGUUUAAAUUUCAUUCACCAAUUGUACCGUUUUAUGGAAUCUUUUGUCUCAUGGUAUAGAAUAAUUCUUAGUAUAUAUUAUGACGAG